AAAUUUUUAUAAAAAUGUAUAAAAAUUAUCGAUAAUUUGCAUAUUUACUCGAACUUUGUAUAUCGAUUUGCUUUCUAUCGCUUUUGUGUAUAAACAGCUGUUCGGAAGAAGUUUGUGAAAUAAAGUUAAUAAUAAAUCAGCGUUAAAAUGGAAGGUGAUCGACGGGUACAUACUAAAUUGCUUGAUUUAAAUUUGGAUUGCAUGCUGCGUAUUCUAAAUUAUUGUACUGAAGAGGAUUUAUUAAAUUUGUGUCGUGUACACCGUCAUCUACGAAAUAUAAUCGACAAGUAUAUAUUCUAUGUGAAAACACUGGAUGUACUUAUGUGUGGACAUCGGGAUUGUACGCGUAUAAAUAAAAGGUCAUACUAUUCCUCAAUUUCCUAUGUAACACGCUUUCACAUAGCGCGAAAUUGGUUACAUGGCCGAUAUAGAGAGUACGAGUAUUAUAAUCAUAGGCAAAUGUUUCCCACUAAAAUACUGCUGGAACGGGAUUUACUAUAUGUAAGCCAUUUGGAUUAUUUGCGUGUAUAUGCGCGUGCCAACCACGAACCAGUGCAACGUAGGUACUUACAAGAAAUAUCUACUGGUUCACGUGGUGAUAUAUCAAGUUUCGCAAAAAAGGGAGAUACAAUAUUUGGUGGUCGUGUUACGGGUAAUUGUUAUAUUUGGGAAGAUGGUAUUGUACAUGAACAACAAUUGCAUCGCGUUAAGGAAUAUUUACACUGUGUAGACUUCGAAGAUGACAUAUAUGUGACCAGUACAAAUGUUUGCGCCAAACUCUGGCGUCGCACAAACGAAUUGGGCCUAAUUUAUUUAGAACCAUUCGCAGAGAUGCCGCAGGAAUAUAAAGUCUUAAGAUUAGCUGAAGGUGGCGAACGUCUAUAUGGCGGCCUAUACACCGAUGUAGACAGAUAUGCAUUGCGUGAAUUCGAUGUGGAAAGCGGCAAGGAAACUGUGUUAAACUCAAAUACACUUUCUAUAUAUGAUUUACUCAUUAAGGAUGAGCACGUUAUAUUCACAGCCAAUUUUGAUACCACCUGCCGCAUGUACGAUCGCCGUUCGAAUAGAGAUGAAGCCGUAUUUGAAGAUCCCUUUGAUUCGUCCUUCUACUGUUUAGAAUAUGAUGGUGUGUAUGGGCUGCUGUGUGGCGCCAAAUAUCAUGCGCGUGUCAAUUUGUAUGAUAUACGUAUGCCAAAAACAUACCAACAACUGUACUUUCCACGUCGCAGUAAAAGGGCGAGAAAUCUAAGUUCGCCCGUAUAUAGCUUAGCCUGUGAUAAUCGUUACCUCUUUAUUGCAACUGAUCAAAACAUACGUGUGUUUGACUUUAAAGAGAAUUGUGCUGAAAGCCGGGACUAUCGUAAUAUAUUCGAUGACAAACGUAGUUUUCGUUCACUGCAAUAGUAAUCUAAUGUAAACUAUAUCUAAUACGAAUAUUGAAUUGAAGUCGCUCUUUUUGUACUCAAAUAAGUUGCUUCAGUUGUAUUUUUAAUUUAUAAUUUAUUUAUAAUAUUUUUUGAGCCAAGUAUUCUUUGCCAUUUCAUUCUUUUAGUCUGAUUUAUAACCAGUCCAUUAUUAUUUGCUUAAGUAUGAAGCAUAUUAAAUAUAAAUGUUUAUUGCACAAAGUGCCACAAAAAUAGUUUUAAUAGUUUAUACUAGCCGUUACAACAACAUAGAUAGUAUUAAAUAUUUUUUUUAUACAUUCAAAGACUUAAAAAGUUAAUAAAGCUUAUGCACUCAAGUCAUAAACAAUGAAAUUUAAUAUAUAUAUAUACGUAUAUGCCUAUGUGUAUGUAGAAAUAGUGUAGAAUUUUGAAAUUUUAUGAAAAUAUAUACUUAAAAGAUAUAGUCAUAUGUUUUGUAUAGUUGCAACAAAUUUAAAUGAAAUUGAUUGUAAAUAAACAAUAAAUAUAUGCAUAUGUAUAAAGCACAGUGAUGCAAUUACUGAUAACCUUUUAAAAGUUUAAGUAAAAAACAUAUUGCUUUCAAAUGUUAAUAAAUGCAAAUAAGUUUCCAAAAUAAA